AUGGCCGCAGUCUCACAGUCUACCCGUUCGACGCCCAUUCACGCACCACCACUGUCCAACGCAAACACCACCUACUCCACGCAGGACGGCGCUCAUACAUCUCGACGAUCUGUUUCUGUCGCAGAGCUUCCCCAGGACCGCAGCACCACCCAAGCCUCGGCCAAUCUGAGGGAUCAACAUCACCACCACCCCACCCCCUCCACCAGCUCGCUGAGCAAGACUCAGAAGCCCGGUGGCAUUUUCGCAUUUGCAGCAGCGGCCUUGGACAAGACUCAGAGCGCCUUCACCGGCACCUCAGAUCCCAGAAUUCGACCUCGCCAGUCGCUGAGCCGUCUUUCAAUCGGCCCAAACUCUUUGAGCACCCAGAAUUCGUUUUCGAAUCUGUCGUCCAACUCCACCACUCCCAUCAGUCCGCAGUUUCCAUCUUCCCGCACUCCUCCCUCACAACCGUACACAGAUACGGACCCCAACCGACCACCUCCGGUCCUGCUCCCGCGCCUAGACAACAAGAUGCACCAAACCUCGUCGAGGUUGCUCCGCAUGACGGAUGACGAUAGGCCUUUCACUAAGGAUUUCAAAGACCUCUUCUCCACACUGAUUGUCAGUCUGCUGCCCUUGUCCGCGCAUCGUGUGCGCUUGACAAAGGUCGAGCACACAUUCCUCUCCGAAGAUGCCAUCAACAACCUCGGAUCUUUGAAGUUUUCACAGUCCAAUCGCAUGCCGGAUCCGAAAGACCCGUCGCGAAUCGUGACGACGACCACCACGACCACCUUUUCCAUGGCGAAGGACAUGGCCCGCUCCAUCUGUCAGCGGUUCCUGGAGGCCCGGUUUAUCGAGUCUGCAGAUGGCAAAUAUCAGCAGGUCUAUACGAUGAAGGGAUCGGUCUGGCAGAUUACUCCCAAGGGAAUCUGCAUCCUGGACCGCUUCUGCUCAAGAAACGGCAUUCAGCAGAAGCAAGUCGCGGAGCUCAUCGGCCCGGCGAUAUGUCAACUUGUGAUCCUGGAGCGGGAUAGCCAGACGGACAAGCUUGUUAGCGAUCGAUCCUCGAUCGAGGUCAUCUUCAGGAGAUUCAUCGGCGUCAACGGCCUCAACGUCAAGUCGAGCGUCAGCUCGGCGGACUCGGAGUCGCUCAACGACUACCGGGACGGCUUGACCGGCGUCAAGAUGGCAAGCGAGCGCAAGGUCGGAGGCAAGACGUACAAGGACACUUUCACGGGCAAGGCCACCACCGACUGGCUCAUGGACUGCUGCACGACGGUUGACAGGAGGGAGACGGUCGAGAUGGCCUCGCUCUUUGUCGAAUAUGAGCUGAUGGAAGCCGUCGCGCAAGACCGCACCUACAUGGCGACGUACCCUGGAAGCACCCUUUUCCAGCCCACCAAGAAUGCCAUUUACCAGAUCUCGGCCAAGGGCAAGGAGCUGAUCAAUGGAACAUCUACGAGGGGUCGCACGUCGGAGAGCGAGGGCGUCCAGGCUUCCCGGCCCGGCAUUGCUCGGGAUUCCAACACUCAGCGGCUGGACAAGAUCCUGAAUGACGCCGCGCUUCGCCUGCUCUUCCGCGAGAACCUCCGAGACACCCACUGCGAGGAGAACCUGUCGUUCUACUUGGAGGUUGACGACUUUGUGAGGAGCUGCCGUGUAGCUAUCCGAGCAGCACAGAAGAACGCGACUGCAACCUCGAUGGACGGUGUCAAGGAGAUUAUGGCGCAGGCAUAUGGCAUAUACAAUGCCUUCUUGGCCCCCGGAUCGCCUUGCGAGCUCAAUAUCGACCAUCAGCUCCGGAACAACCUUGCUACGCGGAUGACCAAGGCUGUCGGCCAAGACGUGGCCAUGAUCGAUACCCUGCACGAGGUGACGGCCCUCUUUGAGGAUGCGCAGAAUGCUGUCUUCAAGCUGAUGGCGAGCGAUUCGGUGCCCAAAUUCCUUAAGAGCCCCAAGUAUGAGCAGACGCUCAAGAACUACGACUUUGACUCCAUGUCGGGCAGUCAGACACGCCUACCGGAGCGCAGCCAGAGCAGAUCUAACCGCAAGUGA